AUAAAUGCAAUAUUCUCAAAAUUCAUGUAGAGCAACUUUUUUUAAUCACAUCUCAAUUGGACAAGCAUCAUAUCAGGUUUUUUGAUGAAUUAAUUAAUGAAGGUUUGUCAAAUAUGUCUCAUACUUUGCCCCAUGUGUCUAAUUAUUACUGUAGAUCACCAAAACAACAAUUGUAUAUAUGAAGACCUUGAUCAUCUAAUAAUUAAUUUUGCUCUCCUAACCUCACUUUCCUCUCUCUCUCCUCCUACCAACACCCUUAAAUACAGCUCACACACAAACGUCUCUCUUUACAAGCCAAAUACAAUCUCACACACACAUAAAUUCACAAACUCACACUACUACAAUCUAGAAAAAAAAAUACACACAUACACUAUGCCAAACACACUAGGCAAAAACCUCCACUUAUGUUUCUCCCUAAUAAAACGUCCACAACCCCAAAUAACACAUACCCCACAAACCACCUUAAACAACCACCAAAAUCAUAACUCCCCCUUCAUCAAAAACUACAACUCCCUCUACGAAGACAGUAACAGUAACAAUAACAGUAACAGUAACAAUAACAGUAACAAUAACAAUAACAAUUCGGCCUCCCCGGCCUCCCCAUCCUCCGCCUCCACGGACUACAUGGAGACGGAGGACACAGGCUCCACAACACCGGACCUCGCCACCGCCUACGCCUCUCGCCGGUUUUUUAUCUCCUCCCCAGGCCGUUCCAACUCGAUCGUCGACUCCCUCUCCCUCUCCUCCUCCUCCACCUUAUUAUCUCCCUUAGAGGAGUCUACCCCGGCCGAGGCGGCCGGGGGCGUGGCCGUGCAGACUUAUUCACCUGACCCGUACGUAGAUUUUCGACGAUCCAUGCAAGAGAUGGUGGAUUCACGUGAUUUAGGAAGCUUGGAAGUUAAAGAAGCAUGGGAAUAUUUGCAAGAAUUAUUGUUGAGUUAUUUGGGUUUGAAUCCAAAGAACACUCAUAAGUACAUUGUUGGAGCUUUUACUGAUCUUGUUGUUAGUCUUAUGUCUCCAAAUAUUAAUUAUGAAGAAAAUGAACUACCUUCUUCAUCAUCAUCUUCAUCUCUUUCUUCUUCUUAUGGUGGUGAUCAUAUUCAUAACAAUGGUGGUAAAUAUGUAUGAUAUUAAAGUAUUCAUUAUUAUUAUCAUAUCAUUCAAUAAUCAAUAUGUAACUAAUCCAUUAAAUUUUUUUUUGUCUUUAGUACUUGUACAUUAUUAAAUUGUAUGUUUCAUAUUUUAUUUUUGUUUUUAACUAUUACUUAACCCCACUA